GUCGCUAGGUGUCUACUGUGCAAUUUGGCCUCUGACCCAAAGAGGAACAUCCCAGAGCGCGUGCCGACCGACAGACACAACUAGCCUGAAAACCGACUGAAUUUCGUCUUCUUUGACAUCAACUACAGUUAUCCGUGCCCCACAAUGUCUAUCAAUAUACGAUGUGCCAAGCCGGAGGACCUGAUGAACAUGCAGCACUGUAACCUGCUGUGUCUGCCUGAGAACUACCAGAUGAAGUACUACUUCUACCAUGGGCUGUCAUGGCCUCAGCUCUCGUAUGUUGCAGAGGAUGAGAAGAAGAAGAUAGUGGGAUAUGUCCUGGCCAAGAUGGAGGAAGACCCUGAUGAGGCACCACAUGGCCAUAUCACAUCACUGGCAGUGAAACGUUCCUACAGAAGACUGGGUCUGGCUCAGAAGCUGAUGGAUCAGGCUUCGCGAGCCAUGGUGGAGAACUUCAACGCCAAGUACGUGUCUCUUCAUGUACGCAAAAGCAACCGAGCAGCACUGAACUUGUACCAAACAACUCUGAAGUUCACGAUCAGUGAGAUAGAGCCCAAGUACUACGCAGACGGAGAGGAUGCCUAUGCCAUGAGAAGGGACCUGGGAGACUUUAUGGACCAGCUGAAGAAGGUCCAUGAUGGAAAUGCAGUUACUAAUUCAGCAGUAGCCACCACGUCAUGACCCAUCUACCUGUGAACAACAAGCAAAUUACUGUGUACAACAAGCGAAACAUCAUAGCAUAUUAAACCAACACAAUCUACAAAUGUUGAUACUCUGUACCAGAUGGUUUACCAUAGGCAUAGAAACUGUAU